AGAUGGAAACUUCGAUCAAAUUAUUAUUGAGUAUUUCAUUCGUGUUUCAGUUGACGUGUGUUUACAAUACAAAAAGUAUCGGAAAAGAUGAAAUGUUAAAUGUUGGGGUUAAGUUUUCUGGAGGACCCAAUCAUAGCUCCAAACCUUACCCUGGCUACGGGACGGAGUGGGUUUACUUCCCAGAUGGAGAUGGCAUACCGCAUUUUGUUAAUUUGACCUCUACUGAUCAGAAACAGUUGCGUAGAGGACAAUAUAUGGAAAUUGAAUAUAGAUUGUAUAUAAGGGAAUUAUCCAAUUAUAUAAAUCUCGAUGGAUCAGCACAGCCACCCAACGGUACAAAUAUGACCGGUCUGUUAUCUAACAAACCGGUAAAAUUGGUAACUCACGGUUGGUUAUCAUCUACCGAAGGCGAUAUGGUCAAGAACAUCAAGGAUGCAUACUUGAAAAACAAAGAUGUCGCAGUAAUAGCCGUAGACUGGAGUGAUACGGCGAAUGACCUAAUCUAUCCAAUUGUAGUACAGAGCACAGGGAAAGUGGGGGCACAUGUUGGCCAGUUUUUAGAUGCAUUCUGCGAACUCUACAAUGUCUCCGGUAAAAGAUUGCAUUUAAUCGGACAUAGCCUCGGAGCACACUUGAUGGGAGUCGCUGCGUCGACAACUAGUGUGGCGGUAGGAAGAGUCACUGGCCUCGACCCAGCCCGACCUCUCUUCGAUAAUCCAAAGAAACCGAACACUUUGACCCUGGAUUCAUCAGACGCAGUGUUUGUAGACGUAAUACACACCUGCGGCGGAGCCUUGGGCGUCAUGAAUAACAGUGGCCAUGCUGACUUCUAUCCAAACAGCGGUAAACCACCACAACCUGGCUGUGAGAUUUCAGAAACAUGUAGUCAUACAAGAGCUUACAUGUACUUUUCGGAGUCCAUUGAUAACCCUACUGGUUUUCCUGCUUGCCGAAGCAAAAAUUGGAUUAGAGAUAGAGGGCGCUGA